AGGAGGUCGUGCCCCCCCUGCAGCCCCCUGCCCGGGCUGGGGCGGCCUCGGGGACCCCGGAGCUGCCGGACCUGGCGCUGGGGGACAGCGCUGACGUCCCGGAGACCUGGCGCCGGCGCUUCCGGGACUUCCGCUACCGGGAAGGCGCGGGGCUGCGGGAGGUGUGCGGCCGGCUGCGGGAGCUGGCCCAGCGCUGGCUGGAGCCCCAGCGCCGCAGCAAGGAGCAGAUGCUGGAGCUGGUGGUGCUGGAGCAGUUCCUGGCCAUCCUGCCCCGGGAGACGCGGAGCUGGGAGUGGGGGCGCGGCGUGGAGACCUGCGCCCAGGCCGUGGCCCUGGCCGAGGGGCUUCAGCCGGGGCAGGCAGAGGAUGAGAAGCUGCAGGUCACGGUGCACGUGAAGGUGGAGGGCGAAGCCUCAGACAAGAUGGCACCGGCCAGGGCAUUGUGGGAACCUCCUGACUCCUGCCUGGAGCUGCUGCAGCCACAUCCCGUGCACGUGCCCCUGGAGGAGGAGGCAGGAGAGGGUGAAAGUCCGGGGCCCCUGAAUGAGCCACCUUGCAUCCUCAAAGAGGAGCCCCCACCACACGAGGACUCAGAUUCCCCUGACACAGAGGACACCUGGGACUCAUCAGAGGAUGAAACCUGGCUCCCCAAACGAGGCCUGUCCUCAGAUGCAGGUUCAAGGACCCGGAGGAAAGCUGAGCCUCGCAAGGAUGGGCCUGGAGCCCCAGAGCAGCUGAGGACUUCCUUGGGGAAACCAUCCCCGAGACCUGAGCAGGGCCAGCUGCUUCUGCUGCAUGCCCUGCCUCUCGCACCGAGUGGGACGGUGGUGGUAAGCAAGGUCCUGGCCCCAGCUUGGCCUGAGAACGGGGAGAGGACGGAGCCCCAACCAUGCCAGGGACGGAAGGAGACAGUUACGGAGCUGGGGAAGCUUCCCCGGCAAGAAGGGCAGUGUCCAAACCCAGGGGGUGGAGAGGGCUUCGGGGAGAAGCAGGAGCCUGCCACAGCCACGUGGCGGGAGAGAUCCUGGCCCGGCCUCGUGUGCGGGAAGUUCCUUGACCGCCAGACCCGUUUGGCCUUGCGUGCCCGAGCACAUGCCGGGGACAAACCCAACAGCUGUGCCGACUGCGGAAAGAGUUUCGGGAGCCCCAGCAACCUGGCUGCCCACCACCAAGUCCACUCCAAGGCGCCCCAGUGCGCCAGGUGUGGGAAGAACUUCUCCAAGCGCUCGGCCCUGGCACGGUACCAGCACAUCCACUCUGGGGAGAAGCCCCACUGGUGCGCUGACUGCGAGAAGAGCUUUGCCCGCCCAGACAAGCUGGAGAGCCACCGCAGCGGGCAGCUGAGCCCAAAGCGGCACCGGUGCACGGAGUGUGGGAUGGACUUCGCACGUGGCCAGGACCUGGCACGGCACCAGCGCAGCCACACGGGGAAGAGCCCGUCCUGCCCAGGGCUGGCCCCAUCUGGUCCCCUGCCUCGCAGUGGGGAGACCAUUUCUGAAUAUCCUGUCUGAGGUCCCAGUCUUCAGCUGCUUCGCUGCAGUUACAAACCGCUGGAGCCAGCCCAGACACGGCUGGUUUCUUUCUCAUUGGCUCAGGUGACGAUACCUGGAGGUCUUGUAAACCCCAGCAUGGGGACAGAAGGCAGUGGAGCAGCACAGGGUGUGUGGGAAAGAUCCCUUCCCCUUUCCUCCCCUUUCUUUUCCCUCUUUCCUACCCUCCCCUUUCUUCCCCUGGAAGUUUGUACCUUCCAGACCAAUAUAACUGUCGAGAUGCAAAGCAUGGGCCCUUCCUAUCUCACCCACCACUCCCCAUUAAAGGCCCUGCCUGCACCGCCCCCUAGCCCAUCCUGGCCCUGGCAGCACCCCCUCAGGGGAGAAACUGCGCUGAGCAGGGGCAGAGCUCCCUGAGGGCCUCAGCAUGGGCUAGUGCUGGCACAGCCGCUCAUCCCAGGAUCUGUCCUGGUUGUGGGCAAGGUUGUGGCCCAUGUCGACCCUCGGCAGGUGCAAGAGGAGCAUCACACUGCUGUGCAUCUCCUGAGGCCCCCCAAGACUGGCUGCGGGGACAGGGGGGUCUCUCCCCAUCUCAACAGAUAUGCAGGGGUGAAUUUUCAGCCAGGGCCAAAGGUAAUGAGGGCCUCUUCUGACACUGAUUCAAAGCCGAGAGGAGGGUGUGUUGCAGAAGUAAAUGCGUUCAUUUAUUUUCAGGGGUUUGGGUGAGGUUGAACAGGAGCACGUGCAUGCAUGUGAAUCGAAGCUGGUCUAUGCUGGAACAGGAUGCGGCCAUGUGCAACAAUGCAUCCAGCUUCAUGUGCCCCAAAGAGGAGGCAGGGGUUGGGAACAUGGGGAAGCCCAACCAAGGCCCUGCAGGCCUCCCCUUCCUCCCAGGCCUGUGGAGCAGGGGCAUUUCCAGCUGGGAGGCAUAAAGCUGUGACCUGCUCCCUUUUCAUUUCUGCCUCUGUGGUUUGGUCUCCUGGUACCCAACGCACUGCUGAGCCAGGGGGAGAAAUGCUACACGCCCUUCGGUUGGUGCCUCCUCCAUGGCUGGUCCUGUAGCCAAUCUGGGCAGUUUUCUGUCCUGGCUGGCGUGUUUGGUACCCAAACGUCUGGGGUCCAGGGCACUGACACCCCCUUGUCUGCCUCUAUCUUAUUGCCCCCACCUGAGCAGAGGCUGGGUCUCAGGGGGGUUGGCCUGGGGUUUUCUUCUCAAGGAACUAGCAGGGGGUCAGUCUCUGGGAUCCCCCCAAGCCUGAGCCCUGGUGCAUCCCAAUAUGCUGGACAUGGCAAAAGGGCAGGCAACGGGCCUCCAGCAGAGACCGGAGCUCAGACACCAGCUGGAGGCUGCAGUAGAGCAGUGGGCUUGGCAGCUCAUGGCUGCAGUUGCUGUGGUUGGGCAUCGUUUGCAGGGCAGGGAUCAGUUCCCGCCCUUCCAGGACUGGGACCCCAGGGGGAGAUGGGUCUUGACCCCGGCACUUUGGGGUUCAUGAUACAAGCCCCCAGCCCUGCACUGGAUUGCACCCUAGUGGGGAAGGGCCACAGACACCUUUUGCUGUCACUGCUGGGGGGGGGGGAUGAUAUUUAAGGGCUAGUGAGCUUGACUCUGCUCUGUGCUUAGUGUCGGGGAGCCAUGGGCUGGGGCCACAGCACUCCCCACAGCCCUGCUGCUGGGCAGCGAGCGUGCAGGGAUGCUAGUGCUCAGCUUCCCCCUGGGGUGUUAGCAGAACUGGGCCUGGCACCGCGGGCACCCCACCAUGGGCAGCGCCCAUUACCGUGUGUGACCAGGGCAGCGCAGGCCCACAGUGACAGUUGGCCAUGAAUGGAUGAUUGGGUGGCGGGGGGCGUUGCUGGAUCUCUGGGGUGUCUGAGCUGCAAAAGACAGUGGGGAGGCCAUGCCUGGGUGGGGGUCCACCUGAGCCAGUGCCAGGGCCAAGUCUCCCUGACCCCUGCUAUCCCUGCCCAGCCCCACUACCUGCAGAUGCCCUACCCCCCUGAUCCCAGAAGCGCCCAAACCCUUCAGAGCCCACCCUGAACCUGACACCCCAGCCUACCCCACGGCUUGGCCACCUCUGCCUGGCCCCGCUAUGGCCGUGCCAGUUCUUCUCACUCCCAACCUGCAGCCCUUCCUCUCUGCCAGUGCCCCUCACUCCCGAUCUCUAGUCCCAGGUUGCACAAAGACACCUGUUGCUUUCCAGCCCAGCCCUCCACCUCCCUUCAUAGAAGUCGGGUCGGAAGGGACCUUGCAGAUCUUCAGGUCCGACCCCCUGCCUGGGCAGGAGGAAAACUGGGCUCAAAUGACCCCAGCCAGGUAGGCAUCGAGCCGCUUCUUAAAGACCCCCAGGGUAGGAGCCAGCACCACUUCCCUUGGAAGUUGGUUCCAGAUCCUAGCCGCCCUCACUGUGAAGUACUUCUUACAGAUGCUUUGCUGGCCCUGUCCCUGGAUCCAGCCCGGCCCGAGGGAGGAGUGGGGUGCGCAGAGCCCGGGCAUCUGAAAAACAGACAUGAACACGUGCACAAACACCUGCCACAGGCCUUAGGGGAACCUUCCCAGGGAACAACCGGCUGAGAACAGACGUGGCUGUGACACCUCCAAGCUCCCCAUCUGCCCCGGCCCCAGCUGCUCCCCACUGUCCCCAGCCCCCCUCCUCUCCUCUGGGCCCAGUCCCGCAGCUGGGCAGGGGGCUCAUCCUCAGCUGGACUCCAGCCCCUUGGCUCGGGGCCUGCCCCAGUUAUUCCUGUUGCCGGAGGGGCUGGGCUGGUGGGGGGGAAGGAUAUGCCCCCUCCCCUCGUCCCCCUGCCCCAUCUUGGAACCACAUCACACGGGACUGCUGGGCCUGCAGCCUCCCACCCCUCCCAAAACUUCCUGACCACCUCCUGAGCCCAGUUCACCCCUGGGCCCCAAAGCAGCUAGACCUGGGCACCCUCCUUGCAGAGCCUGUAGGAAGGGGAUGCCCCCACGUUGCCUGGCCCUGGUGCUGAUCCGAUGCAAAACCAGUCCCUGGUGCAAGGCCAAGAGCUCUUGGGGUCUGGGUGGAGCAGGCGCUGGCAGCCCGGGCACCUGGGCUCUACCUCUGUGGUGCGGGAGAAGCGGGUGCGAUGAGUCAGACACCAGCAGGCCCAGACUCAGGGGUCCUUCACCCUUUCUCUCUUGAGUCCUUUCUGCUGUCACCAGUCCAGUCUCUUCCUCUAAAUCCUGUGCAUCUCAGCCAUAAAGGAUCAAGAAACCCAGGGCCCU